AUGCUUCAGCAGUCACUUCUUUUAGGGAAUUUCUUAUCCUUGCAGAAGUGGGAUCCAUCCCUGAAGAUGGAAGCUGAGUUCUCUGAAACAGAAAGAGCUCCCUUGGAGGAAGGGCAGUGGGCCCGAGCCCAGGAGUGUUCCCAAGAUGCCCUCUCACGCGAGUGUGGAAAGAGAUUCAGAGACAGUAGCGCUCUUCAAAACCAUAGAAGAAUCCACACUGGGGAGAAACCUUUUGAAUGCUCCGAGUGUGGAAAGAGAUUCAGACAGAGUAGCCAACUUCAACUGCAUCAGAGAACUCACACAAAGGAGAAACCUUUUGAAUGCUCAGAUCACAGUACCUCUCUUCAAACGCAUUUAAGAACCCACACUGGGGAGAAACCUUUUGAAUGCUCAGAGUGUGGAAAGAGAUUCAGUCACAGUAGCCAUCUUCAAACGCAUUUAAGAACCCACACUGGGGAGAAACCUUUUGAAUGCUUAGAAUGUGGAAAGAGAUUCAGUGACAGUAGCCCUCUUCAAAUGCAUUUCAGAACCCACACUGGGGAGAAACCUUUUGAAUGCUCGGAGUGUGGAAAGAGAUUCAGUCAGAGUAGCCAUCUUCAACUGCAUCAAAGAACCCACACAAAGGAGAGACCUUUUGAAUGUUCAGAGUGUGGAAAGAGAUUCAGUCACAGUCGCUCUCUUCAAAUGCAUCAGAGAACUCACACAAAGGAGAAACCUUUUGAAUGCUCAGAGUGUGGAAAGAGAUUCAGUCGGAGUAGCUAUCUUCAAACGCAUUUAAGAACCCAC